AUGUCAAAUGAGGAUGAAAGAUCGAUCAUUCAAUCUGAGAGCUCCCUUGGAACUAGCUACUACGAAAACAAGGGCAAAAAUUCGGACGAAGAGAGCACGAAAAUCGACAAUUCAACACUGAACUCGAUUUUCGAAAGAAUCACUAAGCUUGAAAAAGACAACGAGACCUUCCGGAUGCUUGCUUUUGAUCUGCAGCAAGAAAGAGACGAGUUGAAGACGAAAAAUGAAGAACUGGAAAACAGAGUUUCUGAGCUUGAAACAUUCAAAGAAAGCUCGAUUCUAGGAGACCAGGAGCGCGAUUUUCAGAUUGAAGAAGUUCAAAAAACUACUGAAGAUCUGAGCAGAACCUCAUUUGCCUUUUCAAAAAUCGAGAGACGACUAACCCAGAAUCCUUCGAAAAUGCAAAACGCUGACCAACAAUCCUACAUUUCUGAGAGCUCGCUUGGAACUUAUCGAAGCCAAGACCUCAACGCCGGGGAAAAUCGCCCCCAAAUUGAUGAUUCUGCGCUCCAGUCGAUUCUUCAGAGAAUCAACAAGCUUGAAAAGGACAACCAGACCUUUCGAAAUCUUGCUUUUGAUCUUCAGCAAGAACGAGAUGAAUUAAAAAAGAAAAAUGAUAAACUGGAGGAGAGAGUUCGCGAGCUUGAAAUCUUUAAGGAAAAUACGAUUCUUGCCAAUCAAGAGCGGGAUUUUCAAAUUGAGGAUGUCCGAAAAACAACUGAAUGCUUCACACAAAAAGUGGAGAAAGAAAUGAAAAUGCUGCAAGAGAGUAAACGGAAAGUUAACAGUGACCUUGGCGAAGUGAAUCAAACUGCUCAUCGACCUGAUAAAAUUCAUAUUUUUGGUCAGCUGUCCCCGAUUGAUGGAUUUGGUCAUUUCUUCGAACUGGAUACUGCCAAUGAAAAUGACAAGAUCGCAAAGCUAAAAAACAACCAAAUCGGAAUAUCGGACCAACUCAGGUCGACGUAA